GUUUGACAAUGCGUCGUCCACCACGAGCACGAGCGGCGAGAUCGAGUGCUGGCUACAGAACCCCGACGGCACCGUGGGGACGCCACCCCAACAUACAGCGCCAAUGGAAGUGGAACGCCGUGCCAAUGGGAUGCCGUGGUGCGAAAGGGACGAUGAGCGCCUGGGGGACGCUGCCGCUCAAAACGCUAGCAUCGCCUCUCAGCCGGAAAUGAUCAGCGAUCGGUGUGAUAGGCGAAUGCCCACGGUUGGCGUAAGCGCUAGCCAGUGCACGGAGCAACAGCGACAAGCGGCGAAGCAGCAGCUCCUGCACUCGACGCACGUGCCGGAAUCCUGCCAUCAUGCCGCACGCACCGCCGUGGACGAUGACAUCCGCCCUGACGAGAUCCGACGGAUUGAGGAUCGACAUCCUCCAGAGACUCAGCAAGCUACAGUCCCGGAAGCCAUCCUGCACCGUUCCGCCUGCAUUCGGGGCGUCGAAACCGUGCCAUUCAGUUACCAAUACAGCUCCGGUAAGGACGCGGCCUCAGUGCCGUCCAACUACUUCAUGAUCCACCCGUCGGACGACUCGAACCGCGUGUGGGACGUAGACGGGCGCGACAUCUACAGCAAGGAGCUGAUGGAAGUGCCGUAUAUCGACGACGAGAUGAGCUUCACCCGCGACACGGUCAACCCGGUCCAGGGGGUGAAGCAGAACGCCAGCUACGACGGGCGCAACGGGGUGUGGUGCAUCAAGAUUGCCCCCCACAGCCGCCGACUGGCUAUGAGAGACCGAAGCGGCGACAUUCGAAUCUACAAUAUCAGCAACCCUAAGCUGACUACGACAAUCGGGGCGCACGAAUUGGAAGUGCUGCGCCCGGAGUACGAGAACGAAAAGAUCAUACGAGGACUGCUGGACAGCACCAGCCGCGAUCGGUUGGUUCACAUCCUCGACUGCGAUGCCAAGCACCGCAUCCCGCAGACGCUGGAUGACCACUCAAGUAGCAUCAUGCCCGUGCAGUUCCUCGGGGUCGGCAAACAGUUCCAGAUGGUGUCCUGCGGUGCCGACAAACCCAUCAUCUUCCACCACUACCAGAACGACGUGUUCCUGCGCGGCAACAACGGCUCGGGCAAGGACACGCUCUACCACAUGGAGGUAGACAAACACAUCCUGACCGCGUGCCAGGAUUGGAACAUAUGUGUGUACAGCACACGGAACGCGAAGCCUACGAAAGCGUUCAAGGGUUCGCAAUCGGACGAGGGCGGCCUGAUCAAGGUGGGCCUCGAUCUGAGCGGCGUCUACUUCGCCACCUCCUGCACGGACAAGACGCCGAGCUUGUACGACUACUACGCGAACGAGCGCAUGGCGCAAAUAUACGGCCGCGGUGAGCCGGUAACGAGGCGCAAUCAUACGGACAACUGCAAGUAUCUGAUAGCGGCCUGCGGCGACGGAUGCGUGUUCAUUUGGCGGGAGCCACAUACUAUGAUCAUCACUAUGGCGUUCCGUUCGGGCCACCGGCCAAUCCCGUGCAUGCUCCAACUUACCAACCCCGUCACGAGCGUCAUCCCGAACCAUCCGCCGAACCAGGGAUUGCCAGCGGAUGCCGGGAACGCGCCGGGCGAGUAUGGAUUACCACCGAACCGUUCACCAUUCCUGCUCACAGACCCGGCAUCGGUUGUGCCCGGGUAUCGCUAUGCCGACAUCGGCCAGCUGCUACAGUGGGCCAAACGCAGAAGGACCGAAGAUCAGUGCAAAUCACCCGUCCUCGGCAGCAGUCCUAGUCAGGGAGGCAACAACUUCGGUGGCAUCGCCACGAAACCGCGUGGCCGGUGGAGUCAAAGGGGGCGGCUGGAGGAACCGCCCGAUCUGCGCCACAUCGUCGACCGUCCGUUGAACGUGACGUUACUGCAGAACAAACUGAUGGUCGAUGCAAAGGCGCUGCACACUCCGAACUCGGAUUCGAGCACCGUGCACGACGGUGACCCGGAGGAUAUUUCGGAUAACGAACGAACGAACUCCGACCACGGUAUGAUGUACUACCCAUCGUCAAGUCCGUCCACACCGACGGACUUUAACAUCAACGACGCGGACACAAACGGGUUCCGCAAAUCGAUUCGACGACAGAAGCUCGAAAAGCAGGGCCCCGGCACAUCGGCCCAGCUGCAGAGUGCAGUACCCGACAUCGGGACCAGCACCAGGACCAUCACCGGGACCGGGACCGGCGCCGGCAAUUCAGACGAUGAGGACAAAGGCUCGACACCGAGCGGUAACAAUGCCGAUCGCUCGCUCCGCAGCUCCACACUGGGCGGCAGCUCCAGGAGCAGCUCGCAGCAAACGUCGUCCGGCUUUCUACAAGCCGUCCUCAUUGGUUCGGGCCACCUGUCCGACUGA